AGGGGAAAGAACAAUGCGGUAGUUAUAUAUUACUCUGUUCUUGCAUUUGUGACUUGGUUUGUGCAUCUGCUCUCGGUGCCAACUACUAAAGUCAUGCAUCUGAUUUAUGAAGAUGCAAGGGUUUUGUUGCUCGGUCUUGGGUGUUGAUUAAUUUGUUUACUCCAAUUGCAUUGCUUGUUGCUCGAACAAUACACUCUUUAAACGGGACCAUCCAUGUUCUUCUUCUGUUGGGGCCGCCAAUGUCAAUUAUAUAAAUUCAAGAUAGAUCGAAUUGUGCAUACUAGGAAUUCUUACAUAUCAUCAAUUAAGAAUUGUGGGCUGAAGAGCACGCCUUUGAUUGUAACCGCAAGAAAUCCGACCAUCCUCCAUCGACAACCAUGGCUCCUCCCAAUGUCCUCAUGGUUGCAGAAAAGCCCAGCAUCGCUCUUUCCAUCGCUUCUGUACUCUCACACGGCCAAAUGGCCACAAGGAGGAGUUCUGUAGAGGUACAUGAAUUUGAUGGAAUAUUUCUUGGGAUUCACGCACACUAUAAGGUGACAUCAGUCAUCGGACAUGUUUUCAGUGUAGAUUUUCCUGCAACAUAUCAAGAUUGGAAGGUCACUGAUCCUCAGGAUCUUUUUCAAGCCCCAAUUCUUAAGACAGAAUCAAACCCAAAGGCUCAUAUUUCUAGACAUUUAAGUCAAGAAGCUCGCGGUUGUGAACAUUUGGUAUUAUGGUUAGAUUGUGAUCGAGAAGGAGAAAACAUAUGUUUCGAAGUUAUUGAGUGUACAGCCUUUCGCAUGCGUGAUAAUCGAAGAAAGGUUUAUCGUGCGAGGUUUUCUUCUGUAACUGAGAAAGACAUUUUGAAAGCUUUGGAAAACCUUGUUGAACCUAACAAAAAUGAGGCAUUGGCUGUAGACGCGCGACAAGAGAUAGAUCUAAAAGUUGGUGUCUCGUUUACAAGAUUUCAAACUAGUUAUUUCCAGGGAAAAUAUGGGAAUCUUGACGCCAGAGUUAUCUCCUAUGGGCCUUGCCAAACCCCUACUCUUGGCUUUUGUGUCCAGCGAUACUUGCAAAUUACUGCUUUUAAGGCAGAAAAGUUUUGGGCUUUGUGCCCAUAUGUAAUUCAAGAUGGCUUUGAAAUUCAGCUACAAUGGGAACGCCAGAAGUUGUUCGACUUUGAUGUUGCCACGAUGUUUCACAAAUUGGUUAUGCAGGAUGGAAUAGUAGAAGUACUGGAUAUAUCAGAAAAGCAAGAAACAAAAGCUCGCCCAUCUGGUCUAAACACGGUGAAUCUUCUGAAGGUUGCUUCAAGCGCGUUAGGCUUUGGACCUCAAAUGGCAAUGCAGUUAGCUGAACGCUUGUACACUCAAGGUUUCAUCAGCUAUCCCCGUACAGAGAGUACAGCCUAUCCUUCUUCAUUCGACUUUAGAGGCACACUUGGUUUACUAGCAAACAGUUCAAUAUGGGGUGAUUGUGUAAGGGAUUUGCUUUCUAAAGGUUAUCAAAAGCCACGAUCUGGAGCGGAUGCGGGUGAUCAUCCUCCAAUUACUCCAAUGCGGUCUGCAACCGAGGAUAUUGUAGGGAGAGAUGCUUGGAGACUUUACCAGUAUGUCUGUCAACAUUUUAUAGGGACUGUAUCUUCUGAUUGCAAGUAUAUAAGGACAAAGGUAGAGUUUUCCAGUGGUGGUGAGUACUUCCAUUGCAUGGGAUUGCAUGUUACAGAUCAAGGAUUCACAUGUAUCAUGCCAUGGUUGGCAUUAAAGGAGACAAAUCUUCCUCAGCUAUCGAAAGGCGAGAGAAUAGAAAUUACAAAACUGGAACUAUAUGAGGGGAAUACUGAACCUCCUAACUAUCUCAGUGAGAGUGAGCUGAUUUCCUUAAUGGAGAAAAAUGGAAUAGGCACUGAUGCAUCAAUACCAGUGCAUAUUAAUAACAUAUGCGAGCGUAACUAUGUGCAGGUACAGUCUGGCAGGAAAUUGGUUCCAACUACAUUGGGGAUCACCCUAGUAAGAGGGUAUCAAUGUAUUGAUCCAGAUCUAUGCUUACCAGAUAUACGUAGUUUUAUUGAGCAACAGAUUAAUCUCAUUGCCAAAGGCCAGGCAGAUCAUUCUCGUGUUGUGCAGCAUGUCCUACAACAAUUCAAGCAGAAGUACAUCUAUUUUGUUAAACAGAUUGAAAACAUGGAUGUACUGUUCGAGGCUCAAUUCUCACCACUUGCUGAUUCAGGAUGUUUUCUUAGCAAAUGUGGAAAAUGCCUGAGGUAUAUGAAGUACAUUUCACCCCAGCCAUCACGUCUAUAUUGCAAUACAUGCGAGGAGGUUUAUUAUGUUCCUCAAAAGGGCACAGUCAAGCUAUACAAGGAGCUUACUUGCCCGUUGGACAACUUUGAGCUUUUGCUCUUUUCAUUGUCUGGUCCUGAAGGCAAAUCAUUUCCUCUCUGUCCAUAUUGCUACAAUAAUCCUCCGUUUGAAGGCAUAGACACACUCUUUGGUGCCACUAAGAUUGGUAGCUCUGGGAAGCUGGGGAAGGGAGCAGGCAUGCCAUGCUUCAUUUGCCCACAUCCAACGUGUAGGCAUUCUUUAAUAUCCCAAGGAGUUUGUGCAUGUCCAGAAUGCUCGGGGACACUAGUUUUGGACCCAGUAAGCGCUCCCAAGUGGAGACUUGAGUGCAAUAUGUGCAAUUGUCUUGUUAUCCUUCCUCAAGGUGCUCAUCGAAUUUCCACUACACGGGAACGCUGCUCGGAAUGUGACUCGACAAUCAUAGAAGUGGACUUUAAUAAGAAAACUACACCUUUAGAAGACGGAGCUACCUUGCAUGCUGGUUGCAUUCUUUGCGACGAGUUACUUCAUUCCCUUGUGGAGGUGAAGCAUGGCAAGUCGUUUUUCAAACGCUUGGGUGGAAGAGGAAGAGGAAGGGGAAUGACUAGAAGAAGAAGAGGACGGGGUUCUGCAAAAGUAGACCCUAAAAUGUCUUUCCGAGAUUUCUAAACUGAGCUUUCCUUUCCUUUUCUUGUCUUUUUGGCAUUUGGAAGUUUGAAAUUGCCAGAACUGUUGAAUGCAUCUAUUGCUUGUGUUUUCAGUUGGAUUGGAUGUGAACAGAAUUGAUCUCAACUACUGAUUAAGGUUUCCGUCUGUUUAAAUGGAAGAGAUAUUUAUGUGUUUAGUUGUUGA